CUUCUCGUUGAACACCAGGUUUCUAAAAGUACCAUCCACUUUGCUUCUCUGUCAUUCAGCAAACAGGUUGAGAAGCACUACCGUGAUGGGACAAAGGAGAUAAUAUUUCUUGAUCAGACCAUUAAGUACCUGUACCCAAAUGGAGCGGAAGAAUGGGUGUUUAGUGACGGUAUUAUACAAAAGAUUAACGUGGAAGGAGAGAGAACUAUUGAAUUCCCAAAUGGACAAAGGGAAACUCACACCAAAUGCUAUAAAGUAAGUAGAGACACACACUUCUGUUUGCUCUUUGUUUCGAAAACUUCCAAUUACAAAGAAGAGAGGGUCAAACAUUCACUUCUAGACUCCGAGGGAGGGAUGGAAUCCACUUUGGGACUUAAGGGAUCAUUUAAUACCUUCUUUUGCUGUGAAAAACGAAACUGAAUGUUUGUUUUAUAAUUUAAAAUGCCUGUUUUCUUCGAGACUAGCUGUUUUCCUCCCUUCUUUAGAAAAGACAGUACCCUGACGGGACAGUAAAGCCUGUCUAUCCCGAUGGUCGAACAGAGACCCGAUAUGCCACGGGACGUGUGCGGGUCAAGGAUCGGGAUGACAGAGUUCUAGUGGAUUCUUCGAACCAACUAAGAUGA